CCAGUCUUUAUGCAUACCCCGCCAAGCCCUAUGAUGAUAAAUCAACUUCACCCCCCAAACCAAACAUCCUAAAAGACUAAGAAUAAAACUAUCUUUCUUACAAUCAUCUCAAAAAAAAAAAAUCAGAUCUCUACACACAAUGGCUAGUGAAUUCCCUCCUUCCACCCUCAGACCUCUCAUCCAGGAAGUUGCCGAACUUCUCAAGGUCCGGAAGGAGACCAUUUCUGUGGCAGAAACAGCAGCAGGGGGCAUUGUUUCUGCAUCGUUACUGUCCGGACCAGGGGCAUCGGCUGUGUACAAGGGUGGCUUGACGCUAUACACCCUUGAAUCCCGCAUCGCCUUUGCCGGAUGGACUCAAGCCCACAUCGAUAACUAUGCAGGUCCCACGCCGGAAAUUGUGGCGGGGUUGGCGGAGCACGUUCGCCAGACGUUGAAGUCGACAUAUACGGUGUGUGAGAGUGGGACGGCGGGCCCGACUGGUGGGAAGACCAGGAACCGGACACCGGGAUAUGUCGCGUUGGCUGUGUCGGCCCCGCAAGGAACCUACACCAGAGAGGUGGAAACGGGGUUGGGCACUGAUCGGGAGAAGAAUAUGGUGGCGUUUGCAGAGGAAGCAUUGAAGCUGAUAAGGGAUGUGAUGCAAGGGAAGGCGAGUUUGUAAUGGCAGCUAGGGAAGAAGAAUGACAUAUGUUGGGGAUGAAGAUAUCCACUUGUAUUCUUCAUCUUCAUCGUCCCAAUCAAACGCAAUAUCAUCACAAGCUGCACAGCCCCAUGACGCAGGGAGAUACUGCACCGCCACACCAGGGCCCGAUGACAUCGGACUUCGCGAUCGAAUAACAAUAAUAAUAAAUAAUAAAAUCCACAAGGCAGUUGAAUUAUCCGGGAAAUAAUUAAUAAUAAUGAAUUGAUCCAGUUGCUCAGCAUCCCUGAGACAUCCUGCCCUUCUGACUGGUUGGGAAGUGUGGCACUGGGUCUGUUCUGUUGGGCUUCUAGUCGCCUUCGAUGAUUCUUCA